GUUCGUAUAAAUAGUCAGGGCUGGCCAUCGAACGGGUAUCAGUGUGCCUUCAGCUAGCGAAAUUGUAACUAGUAAUUAGUUAGUUUGUAUUUGGAGAUCUCUUCAGCAACCGGAAAUGAAACUGCUCAUCGUGCUUGCUGCCUUUUUGGUCGUCACCGCCGCCAUCGAGGAGUACCAAGCGGAGCACAAACACAUUCCAAUUGUCCAUAGUGAACUGUAUCAGAAGAAUGAUGGUAGUUUCAAAUUUGCGUACGAAUCGGGCAAUGGAAUCCAGGUUCACGAGCAAGGUCAUGUGAAAAACCUGGGAGACAAAGAGCACGAAACCAAUGUCGCCCACGGAUCGUUCUCCUAUAUAGACCCCCACGGUGUUCCGGUGUCGCUGAGUUACGUCGCCGACGAAAAUGGUUUCCAGGCCCAUGGAUCGCACAUACCUACCCCUCCUCCGCUGCCCAAAGAGCUGGUCGAAGCUUACGCCAAAGUUGGAAGCCACCCAGAAAUGCACCACGAGGAACCGGAAUCCUACAAGCUGCGCUGAGGAGGCUCGCAAGUUGGCGCGCGAUCGCUCCCCGUCGAGAGAUAGAGAGAGAGAGUCUAUUGUGAUAAUUUAUCCUUUAUGGGAUUGUUGUUGUUAUGUUAUAAUAUGAGUAGGAAAUAUAAA